AUGGAAGCACAAGUCCCCGGUGAUGGAGCCGAAGUCUGCGCAACCAUGGAAGUCCAAGAGGCAGAAAUGGACGCUUCAGUUCCUCACAUACAAGUGCAGCAAGGAGCUGGGCAGCCAGAAUCUAAUAAGCUUCCUACUCCGGAAGAUGUGGAUGGGUGCGGAGAAAUCUGCAAAAAACUGUUGUUUUUGUUAGAGGAUUGGAAAAAGAGCGACAUUAUGCCAUCGGGAGGUCAGAUGAAUCCUCCCAUCAUACCCAAAGUUAUUGUGCCUGGUGAUGAUGAAGGUAGGUCGACUGUUGAAAAACAAGAGGUGGAAGGUAAAGGGUGCAAAAAGAAGCGACCGACCUAG